AGAUGCUUGGUAAAGCAGCUGGAGAAGGGUGACAUUAAUGUGGUGGAUUUAAAAAAGAAUAUUGAAUAUGCAGCAUCUGUGCUGGAAGCAGUUUAUAUUGAUGAAACCAGGAAACUUUUGGACACUGAAGAUGAACUCUCUAACAUCCAGUCGGAUUCGGUCCCGCUGGAAGUGCGGGACUGGUUAGCUUCUACAUUCACGAGAGAAAUGGGAAUAGUGAAGAGGAGACCUGAGGAAAAGCCCAAAUUCCGAAGCAUUGUGCAUGCUGUACAGGCUGGGAUUUUUGUAGAAAGGAUGUACCGAAAAACUUCAAGCAUGGUUGGUUUGGCUUAUCCAGCAGAAGUGAUAGUCACAUUUAAGGAUGUUGAUAAGUGGUCUUUUGACGUAUUUGCCCUUAAUGAAGCAAGUGGAGAGCACAGUCUGAAAUUUAUGAUGUAUGAGCUGUUAACCCGAUACGACCUUCUGAACCGUUUCAAGAUCCCUGUUCCCAAUCUUAUUUCUUUUGCUGAAGCUCUUGAAGUUGGUUACAGCAAAUACAAAAAUCCCUAUCACAAUUUGAUCCAUGCAGCUGACGUUACUCAAACUGUGCAUUACAUAAUGAUUCACACUGGCAUCAUGCACUGGCUCACAGAACUGGAAAUUUUAGCAAUGAUCUUUGCAGCUGCCGUCCAUGACUAUGAACAUACUGGGACCACAAACAACUUUCAUAUUCAGACAAGGUCAGAUGUUGCUAUAUUGUACAAUGAUCGUUCUGUUCUUGAAAAUCAUCAUGUAAGUGCUGCUUAUAAACUCAUGCAGGAAGAAGAGAUGAACAUCCUGGCUAAUCUAAACAAAGAUGACUGGAGGGAGUUGCGUAGCUUGGUCAUUGAGAUGGUCUUGUCUACAGAUAUGUCGGGUCAUUUUCAACAAAUUAAAACAAUGCGACACACUCUACAGCAGGCACAGGGGGUAGACAAAGCCAAAGCCAUGUCUUUGAUUCUACAUGCAGCAGACAUAAGCCAUCCAGCAAAAUCCUGGGAGCUGCACUACCGAUGGACCAUGGCCCUGAUGGAAGAAUUUUUUCGACAGGGAGACAAGGAGGCUGCUUUAGGUCUUCAAUUUUCCCCACUUUGUGACCGCAAGUCCACUUUGGUAGCUCAGUCUCAAAUAGGUUUCAUUGAUUUCAUAGUAGAACCAACAUUUUCUCUACUUACUGAUUCAAUGGAGAAAAUUGUUAUGCCUCUUAUAGAGGAAGCGACAAAAUCUGAAAGUCCUGCAUUUGGGACCCCCAGCCAAAAUAGUUUGGGAGCAGUAAGCAAUGCUGAAGCACAGAGACGACCUGGGUUUAAAAGUACAGGUGAUGGAGGGACUCACACAGAAAAUUCUCUAGCAACUGUAGACCUAAGGGGCUUCAAGGACAACCUGAUGAAGAUCAUUCAAGCAAACAAAGAAAGAUGGAAAGAAUUAGCUGCAGAAGAAGAACUUGUGAAAAAUGUUGGUGAACAGGAAAAAGACCAAAGCAGAAAUUCCACAGAUGCACAGUUGCAGGAAGAGGCAACAAGGACACAAAAUGAGAGUAGUCAGGGAAGUGAUGGUACAACCUGUCCUCCCAGAUCCAUCGUGCUACAAGUAGUCUCUUUCGACACUGCUCUGAGUGAUGAAUCCAGCUCAGAAAAAUGCACUAACUCUGAUCCGAACCAGAAAGAGCUCAGCGAUGCCCAGCAAGAGACACAGAGCACAGACCCACUGAAUGGUGAGCCUAAACACUGUAAGACGUCAGAAGAUAUUGUAAAAGCCACGGAGCAGACAGAAGCACUGGUACAGAACUAGAUUUGCUAUUUCUUAAAAGCUUCUGACAUUUCAGGCAGGACAGGAAAAAAGAACUCUAACUGUUCCUACCUCAUGAUCUCAGAGGCUGUUAUCUGUCAACUUGUUUUUGGAUCAUCCUUUUUCUGUGGAGAGUGAUUGAACAAAAUGUUCAAAAAUGUAAAAUGUAAAACCCUGAGCUGGUAACUCAAGGCACCUAAAAACUCGCACGAUUUCAGUUGUUUUUGUGUUGCUCUUCUAUUUCCUCUUCUAUUUUGCUUUCUUAAACUAGCCAAAUAAUUUUUUCAGCCAAAGUUGGACCUUGCUUUGUUGCACCACUGGUACCAGACAUUUCCAGUUAAUCACAAGACAUGUGGAAACAUGAUGUUUGUCAUCUGCCUAGGAUUGCUGUUACGUGUCACUGCUGCUGAUGUCCAAUGAAAAUGGAAAAUCAAAAUGAAAUGUGUUUCUAGAUACUUGUUCAUACAAUCAUGCUGCAUGCACCAUAAAAGUCCUACUUGUUAGCUUCCUUAAAAUAUCUGGAAAUAAAUUUUUGUAGACUGUACAGGGAAGUUGCAAAGUUUCGCUGACCAGCCUGCGCUAAUGAAGAUUCUUCCCCACUGCAGUGGCUGCCAUGUGGACAGAACUGGUGUUGAACAAAUUUGAAAGUAUCUGAAAUAUCUCUUUGAAAUUAAUUGAAUGCACCUGAUGUUACAGAUUAAAACAUUCAGAAUUCUGUAAUAUUUUGAAAGACAUCAGCACUGGUGUCAGCCCUACCAAGAAACUGGUACUUACUGUUUUGUAGGGUGGAAGAGACAGCAACAGAAUGCAUGAAAAUUGCUGCACUUCAGCAAAAUGCUGUGUUGCCUCUCAGACAGAGUUGGAAGGUGACACUGAGGCCUUAUGUCGUGGUUUAUCUCAAAUGCAAAGGUGACAACAUGCAUCCUGCAACAUCUUUGCCAGAGUUUGUUUCUUUUUGAGGGGCAGCAACAAGGGCAGCACACAGGGAGUUACCUCUGCAAGAAGCCUCAGAAUGAGCCCUCCAGACCAAACUGUGCCCGUAAAGAAACUCCAUUUUCAUCUCUUCUUCCCUCGAGCUGCACACGACCCCUCCUGAUUCCUCUGGUGUCCUACACAGCUGCAGCCAACCUCAUUUCCCUCUGCUGGACCCUGCCAGGAACCUCCUAGGCUCCUGUUCAGGCUGUAGGCACUCAGGUGGCUCGGGUGGCUGCACUCCCAGUUCUCCUUUCCGGACCCUGUGGUUAUUACCUCACUGAACAAACAGUCUUUCUGAUCAGCCGUGGUCUGCUCUGAAGGGGUUGUGGGGCAGUGGCACCCUCCUCUGUGCCAGGGGUGAUGGAGACCUGUGUGCUGCUCAUCUGCUGCUUCAGGGAUCCCACCAGAGCUCACAGCCAUCAGGCUCCACCUCAGCCAGGGCAGCUUUGCCCGACUGAAGAAGGAAUCACAAACAAUCAGCUUUGCUGAGGGACCCUUCCAUGUCCAUACCUGUUGACUGUCUCUUUUCUGACAGCAGAGCAGUCAAAAUUGAGCUGGGAACAGUGUAAGCUCUGAGCCCAGGGACAAGGGCAUGCCAAAAAGUGGAAUUCCUGUCAUUGAAUAUGUAAGCCAUAUAUGUGCUAUGCAUAAGUAGUAUGCAUAGUUUUAACUUAAGAAAUGUUUGUGCAUAUAGGAUGUAAAAAAUACAUUUAAAUUGUUUUGUGUAUCUGGUCCAAGGCUUGUAUUUAGCAUGGACAAAUUUCUGUACAGUGCCGUUAACGAAUGAAAUGUUAACAGAUGAAAUUGUAUCAUAGAUGUUAUAACGCAAUCAAUAUUUUUUGCUAAGAGUUAAGAAUUUAUAUAUUCUCUGCUGGUGUUUGAGCAAAUUAUUAGCAGCCUGGACCUCUCUGUGCACCUUUGCAUCCUUUUCGGGAAUGUUGGACUCUUUUCUUUUCCUUUGUAAUAAAAUGUAAACCAUCUUAUGGCUUCUUAUUGUCCUUAUGACAAGAGAAGAAAUUAAAUGGUCAUAUAAGACUUUUUUUAAUUGUAAGUUGCCAUAUGCUGUGGCAGUGGAAAAUCUUUUUGAUUAAGAUCUGAGAAGUCAGCAACUUAUUUUAGAUAAGUAGAUCAUCUAUAGUUCCCACCAAAUUUAAAAAGAACAAAUGACAAAAACUGACAAAAACUGUCUUUAAAAAAUAGGCCAGUUAGAUAUUUGCUACUGACUGUUUUUCAACAUGGUAAUUUAUGAUUCACUGAGACUGAAAGUCUGAAGUAAUCAGAAUUUAAUCUCCAUAUUGUAUUUUCAAUUUCAGACUUUUACCAUAGUUGAACUUCUGCAUCUCUAUCCAAUUGAGAUUUAUUACUCUGCCAAAAUUUUCACCUGGAAAUGCAAGCAGAAAAUACAACAGAUUCUGCAGAGAACUUGAAGCACGCUGUGGGGCUCUCAGUGUCCUGUUGUCAUAGUGAACACCAACCUCUCCCACUGCACAAGCUAGAAGGAGCUCCUGGUCUCACAGGAGGUGCUCAUUACCUGCAGAUCUCAUUCAUUAGGAUAGAAGAGUGAUUUUUUCCUAUAAAUAAUCCUAUUUGCUCAUUUUUAUUCAGAUUUUAUCACUGUGGUAGAUGUUACUGAAAUACAAGAAGAGUUCUUAGUCUUUUGUUAAUGCCAGCUGAUUCUCUUUCUUUCUUCCUUUGUUUGUUCUUAGCAAGAUUUUGCCUGGACACGACCCAAAGCUUGGUGUGUUGUUUGGAUGAGGAGAGAUUUUCUGUGAUGCAGAAGACCAGUAGAGCCAACAUGUGUUGGUUAAGGCUUUGGGCUGGGUGAAAUUUGGGUUCAUAUGGCAGAAAGGCUUCUUGAGAGAGCCUCUCCCUGAGCAGUAGUUUUAUCUCUGAAACCUGUAAGGCUGUGCUACCAAAACACUGCAUGGGGCCCUAAGAAAUGGUGUUUGUAUCUGCAUCUCUCCCACAGCAUCCUGGGCAUGUACCCUACAUUGAGCACACUGAGGAGCUAUAGCUAUAAAUGAGCCCUCAAGAGUUUUAUUUUGUACUUUUAUCUCGAGAUAUAUGACAGAUAUAUUAUGUAAUAUUGUUAUGGGUUAUGAACUAGCCAGUAUUUUUUUUAAAUUUAAUUUUCAAGAAGGCAAUCUACAACUGUGUGUUUUUAUUCUGCUGUAUUUGUCCAUAUUUCCUAUGAUGAUAUUCCCAAAUAAAUCUGAUUUGAGGGCAAGGAUUGUGAA